GCAGUGAUGAAAACCAUAUGACGGGUAACAAGUCAUCUUAAUAUCACUCUUCAGUACUAAGAUGGGCUAAUCUGAAGCAGCACUUUACUCUGGUAUCACCCACGGUGCCAGCAGGAUCAAGAAGUCUGGAAGUGAAAUUUUUCUUUAUAUUUACUUUCCAUUGCACAGAACUCAGCCUAACUUCCAUUUUCUCUAUUUUUUUAAUGUGAAAUAACUGGACAAGAAGAUCCCAGGUGGAUUACCAACGGCGCUUCCGGAAGGACUGUCACCUUGUAAGAAAUGAUGCCACAGGGAAGUUGACUGCAUGCAUCGGUAACAGAAGUGAUUUCUAAAUGUAACGUAGAGUCUUUUUAAGUCUUAAAAAUUCUGGCCAUCCUGGUUAAGACGACAUGAAAGAAUACACGCUCCUCCUCUUCUUGGCUCUGUGCUCUGCCAAACCUCUCAUUGAUCCUUCCUAUUUUACACUGAAGAAUAUGAUGCUCCAAGAUAUGGAAGAAGAUGAUGAUGACGACGAUGAUGACAAUUCUCUAUUUCCAACCACGGAACCCAUCAUGCCACUGAUUCCUUUUGAUCUGUUCCCAGUAUGCCCCUUCGGAUGCCAGUGCUACAUGAGAGUUGUCCACUGCUCUGACCUAGGUUUGACAUCCAUACCUCGCAACAUCCCGCCAGACACUCGCAUGAUUGACCUUCAAAACAACAAAAUCAAAGAGGUGAAGGAAAAAGAUCUCCAAGGACUCACAUCACUCUACGCACUGGCCCUGAACAACAAUAAAAUAUCCAAGAUCCACCCAAAAGCCUUUCAGCCAACAAAGAAGCUGCGACGGCUCUAUUUGUCCCAUAACCAGCUCACUGAGAUUCCAACAAACCUACCAAAGACUUUAGCAGAGCUCAGAAUUCAUGCCAAUAAGGUUAACAAGAUCCACAAGGACGCAUUUAAAGGAAUGAAGUCUCUCCAUGUUUUAGAAAUGAGCGCAAAUCCUCUUAACAACGAUGGAAUAGAGCCAGGGGCUUUUGAAGGAGUAAAUAUCUAUCACAUAAGAAUUGCAGAAGCUAAAUUAACUUCAAUUCCUAAAGAUUUACCCUCCAGUCUACUGGAACUUCAUUUAGAUGACAACAAGAUCACAGCUAUCGAACUUGAAGACUUCAACCGCUAUAAAGAUCUUCAAAGGCUAGGCCUUGGGAAUAACAAAAUCAAAGACGUGGAAAACGGAAGUUUGGCCAACAUCCCAAGUGUACGCGAAAUCCAUCUUGAAAAAAAUAAACUCAAGAAAGUUCCUCCUGGAUUACCUGAACUGAAAUACCUCCAGGUAGUCUUCCUUCACUCUAACCACAUUGCAAAGCUGGGUGUGAAUGACUUCUGCCCAACAGGACGAAGAAAGAAGAAAGCAUUAUACAGCGGCAUAAGCCUCUUCAAUAACCCCGUGAAGUACUGGGAGGUCCAGCCUUCAACGUUCCGCUGCAUUUUAGCAAGAAACAGCGUGCAGCUUGGGAACUUCCUCAAGUGACACCGAAACUGGUCAUUUCAAAAAGCAACUUGCCUAAAUCAGUUCUACGAUACUUGAAAUUCGCAGGAAAAUGCUAAUUUUACACUAUUUAACCAGUUUACAAAGUAUUUACUAUUGCAGAGAAAAUUAGAAACAGUAUGUUAGCAGGAUCCAUUGUGUUGCUGACAAUGUUCAGCUCCAUUUGAAUAAUUCAAACAAAAGCCUUUGCAUCUUACUGAAGGACUCUUGGAAGUGGAACUGGAAACUGUAUUUGAUGUUUCCUAUUACAGAUGUUAAAUUCUUUACUUAAAUCACAUAGCCUUGACAUAUUCUUUCUUUCAAAUGAAUUCCAAAACUUCAGUGGAAGUGGCUUUUUUCACAAUAAGAGCCUUUUCCUCUGCCAAAGAGCGUUGUAAGAGAAAUUGCCAAAACAAUUCUCAGACGUGAAGAACUUCUGGUGCCGUUUUGGAUAACCAAUACAAGGUAUGGCAUUGUGGAGGCUUUUGUCUCUAAACUACAACACGCUUUUGUAAUCCACUCAGUGAGAUAAAGGCAGGUUUCAUACCAAGAAUUAAAAUGCAAAAAGUCUUAAAAAGCUUUUGGUAUUUUUCCUGACAACCUUAAGAGGGAAAUGUCCUUCAACGUUUGCUAUCAAUGUAAUUUGAUGCACUCAGAACAUUAAAAAGUAGGAUUCAAGGUUUAUCAUAUGCUUCGAGCUUAAUAGGAAAGAUUAUUAAACUCCCUUUAGGCCAGCACAAACAUUUUCUUUUAUCUAUAAUAACUGUAAUCGUGCCUUUCAUUUAAUUAUUUUCCUCUUCUGUAUUUUGACAUCACACGGGUUAAGAAUCUCUCAUUAAAGUGAGUUUCUUAAAAAUGCUAAGUGCAAGCAGAUGGCUGGAACACAGCUGCCCUGACUUCUCAUGUGGGUCAGCACAUAGAACUCUCAAUACUGACAGUACUGUAUAAAAUGGAUAUUUUAUAUAUCUAUGUAGUGUAUAUUUGCUAUUGGGAUUCAAAAUA